AUGACUGGGUUUCCACCACCCACAGUACCGGAGUCAAGCAGUGAGGUUACCUGCGCGCCCAAUGAACAGAACCGUGAAGAGCCCGCUACUGAGACAACGUUCAAAUGGCCAGGCCCAGAUCACUACCUCAAUGGCAUAAUUCCGUCUAUCGAGAUUCACGAAGAUCAAAACGGCCGUCAGACGGUUCCCUCGCCGUUGCCAAUAUUCCCAAAGCCACUAGCGCUGUUAUAUCAGAACUAUAGUCAGGCAUACCAGCAUAAGCGGAAGACGUGGGACUACGUUAAUCGCACACUGCCCGAGAUAGGUAGCAGGCUUGCUUCAAAUCUGCUACGCCAUUAUUUCCAUUCCCCGCAGUUCAGUGUGAGAUGUCCUAAGAGUGAGAUUUGUAUCUUUCAGGAUGAUCAAGACUCAAGGAGUGUCUACUGGUUUGUAACGAAAGCGCCUCAAAGAGAUGAACCCCCAAAGCCAACAUCACCGCCUGAGAAAGAAGAUAUUCUAUUGACCAAAGUAGAUUCAUCGAGCGAAAGAAUUGUCUUGAUUCUUGCAGUCGAGACUGAGGCUUCUCGAGCCGAUAUCCUAAGACGUGAAGUUGGUAAACAUGGUGGGUUUUCCUUUCACGCGAGUCGUCGUCAACACCGCUCAAUUGAGUUUCAAUCAAGGAGCUGGCACUCACUAGCUUUAUCAAAGAGAGACGCCCACUUUAAUGGUGGUAAAAUUGUGAUUCUCGGGAACAAAGAUGGGAAGCCUGUCGUCGAAUUUUACGACUGUAUCAGGAUGGACGCCAGCCCCCCCAUUGCUCCAUGGGGAGGCCCCGAGGAUAAGUCCAAUGCGUACUCACUAGAAGAAGAUCUGGAAAAUGUCGACAGGAUGUUCAGAACGAUUGUGGAUAUCUGUGAAUAG